AAAAAGUUUAACUUAAAUUCCUUCCUCCGUCGAAUCAGAGAGUUCCCCUUUCCUUCUCUCUUCUCCGCCCUUUUUUUUCUGUUUCUAUCAAUCGGCUUCGAUUUUCUUGCAGCAUAUAAAAACUUUCAGCCGAAUUUGAGAGAUUUGUCAGAAAUUUUCCCCUUUUUCCCAAUCCCGUACUGACUCCGUUCACUCCAAAUUUGGAUUUUUAUUUUAAAUAUUUUUGAAGUUUUCGUCUUCUUCGUUCGAUUUGAAUAUUCUCCGCCCACGAGAGUUGAAAUUCCGUUUGGGAGGCGGGUUUUCGGGUCUCCGGUCUUAGGGUUUUUCUUCUGCAGAUCUCAGAGGAUAAAACACAAACAUGAGCGUUGCGAAAUCCCAGGUAUGGCAGCCAUGCAAGAAGAAGAGAUCCUGAAGGAGAAUCACUAGUGGAUCUAUUGUAUCUGUAUCGAGAACGAAUCUAAUCAUCAGCGAGAGAGAGAGAGAGAGAUGGCUUCUCGAACAACACCUUCGCGAUCGACUCCUUCUCGAUCGGCGCCUUCUGGGGCUUCAGGUAGUUCGGGUAGGACCCGAGUGGGUAAGUACGAGCUGGGAAGAACUCUGGGUGAAGGAACCUUCGCUAAGGUCAAGUUCGCGAGGAAUGUUGAGAAUGGAGAGAAUGUGGCCAUUAAAGUGAUUGACAAAGAGAAAGUUUUGAAGAACAAGAUGAUCGCUCAGAUCAAGCGUGAGAUUUCGACGAUGAAACUCAUCAAGCACCCGAAUGUGAUCCGUAUGUUUGAGUCAAGCAAUGGGAGAUUAAAGGAAGAUGAAGCCAGGAAGUACUUCCAACAGCUUAUUAAUGCUGUGGACUAUUGCCAUAGCAGAGGAGUUUAUCACAGAGACCUUAAGCCAGAGAAUUUGCUUUUGGAUGCAAAUGGUGCUCUGAAAGUGUCUGACUUUGGAUUGAGUGCUCUACCUCAGCAAGUCCGAGUAAUCAACAACAAAGGUUACGAUGGAGCACAGGCUGAUUUGUGGUCUUGUGGUGUGAUUCUCUUUGUCUUGAUGGCUGGAUAUUUGCCUUUUGAAGAUUCUAACCUAACGUCGUUAUACAAAAAGAUAUUCAAAGCCGAAUUUACAUGCCCUCCCUGGUUCUCUGCAAGUGCUAAAAAGUUAAUCAAAAGGAUCCUGGAUCCCAGUCCAGCGACGAGGAUUACAUUUGCUGAAGUCAUUCAGAAUGAAUGGUUCAAUAAAGGGUAUAAAGCACCUAAAUUUGAGAAUGCUAACGUCAGCCUUGAUGAUGUUGAUGCGAUUUUCGAUGAAUCAGGGGAGUCUAAGAACCUUGUUGUUGAGAGGCGGGAAGAAGGACUUAAAACACCAGUAACUAUGAAUGCUUUUGAGCUCAUCUCGACAUCCCAGGGUCUCAAUCUCGGUUCACUUUUCGAGAAACAAAUGGGGCUUGUUAAACGAAAAACUCAAUUCACUUCCAAAUGUCCGGCUAAUGAAAUAGUCACAAAAAUUGAGGCCGCAGCAGCACCUAUGGGGUUUGAUGUCAAGAAAAAUAACUACAAGAUGAAGCUUCUAGGAGAGAAAUCAGGCCGCAAGGGUCAGUUAGCAGUCACGACCGAGGUUUUUCAAGUUGCUCCAUCGCUAUAUAUGGUCGAAAUGCGAAAAUCAGGGGGUGACACCUUGGAAUUCCACAAGUUUUACAAGAAUCUCACCACGGGUCUUAAGGACAUUGUUUGGAAAACAAUCGACGAAGAGAAAGAGGAAGGAGCAGAAGGUGCUACUAAUGGUGCCGUGGUUGCUUCUUGAUGCCGAACAAUUACGCGGAACAGUCUGUGUAUGCUGUUUUUUUUUUAUUUAUUUAUCAAAAAAGAUAGAUUUUGUUCGUUAUACUGGGUUUGCGAGUGGUUUUGAAGUUAUACAAAGGAAGCGUCAAGAAGUGGAGCAAAGCUGAAAGUUUGAAACUGUAUUAUUGGUGAAUUUUUUUUCCUUAUAAUUUAAAUCUUCUUUGAUGCCAUGGAAUGUUGUGAAUAGCAUAUGCGUGUGCGAGUAUCUUUGCUUGAAUCAAGCAAAAGCUUUACAGAUUUUUGGUUGAUUUGAAAAAUCAUUUUAGCCAUUUUCUACACUUUCGGUUUCACUUGUCACUGAGAAACUAAUAAGCAUAGAUAAAGAAACAAACUUAAC